UGGUUGGUCGAUACGUUUCCUCUUACUUAAUCAAAAGCAGAGUGAGAGAGAUGGAGUGUCCAGGGUACUCUAGGGAUAUACAUCCGGCUAUCUGGAGAUAUAUAUAUAUAUAUCUCGCUAUUGAAAUCGACUAGAGCACUCCCUUAAAUUCCCUAGAUGAAUUUGUUCCAUUUUCUACCAAUAAUCUGUUGACUGUCAAAAAUCGGGGUUGUGCUAUUUAAUCACACACACGAUUCACAAUCGAUUCCCGUAAGAACAAAUUUAUUCGUGGCAGAUGUAUACGAAGCGUGUGUGGAAGCCCGUAUUGACUAUUUUUGAACGGAAAAAACUCCCGGGUGUUCAUACUGAACGUAACCUAGCAAUUUUAGCGACCUAAUGAAAAUUCGGUUUUAUGCAGCUAUGCUCGAACGCAUCGUCCUAACCUCAUUUCUUCGUUGACUGUAUAAUUGAAUUCUAAAACUAGAAAUUACAUUCAACUGUUUGUUAGGAUGAAUUAUGCUGGUAGGAAUAGGUCCAAUUACCGGGCAGUAUUCAAAUCUCGAACACAAAAGGAUGACGAUACCGAAUUAUCCGAGAGUGACAUAAUUUCAGCCAGAACGAGUGGUCAACUGAAUUUAUCAGCGAAAGGAUUAUCAUCUGUGCCGACAAGAGUAUGGCAUUUAAAUGAGCUGACGAAUGAAGAACUGAAAAAGUUGGAUAUGACGCUAGAUUGUGACGAGGGAAAGGAGCGAUGGUGGGAACAUGAACAAUUGAAAAUAUUGAAAUUGAGUUCAAACAGCUUGACUGAACUUGACUCACGAGUGCAGUAUCUGACGGAGCUCAACGUUUUGGAUUUGCAUGACAACAUUAUUGAAGAUUUGCCGCUUGAAAUUGGAUACUUGAAUAAAUUGAGAAAUUUGAAUUUGGCUUCGAACAAAAUACAGACUCUACCAUUGAACAUCUACAAGUUGUGUGAGCUCCGUUUCUUGGAUAUUGCAAAUAAUGUAUUGAAAGAACUUGAUCCAGGCAUUGGAGAUCUAGUUAUGUUGGAACAUCUGAAUCUAUCGUGUAACAACUUAACAACCUUACCUGUUGGAAUGGGGUACCUGGUACGUUUGGUCACUCUCGAUUUAAGUCACAAUAUGCUCAAAGAGUUGCCUCCAGACAUUAUGAGUAUGAGAGCACUGAAGAAGUUGGAUGUAAGUGUUAAUCAAUUGGAAGAUGUACCGCCUAUGGGUGAACUUCGCAGAAUUGAAGUUCUUAUGCUGCAUACAAACAAUCUCAGUACUUCACCAGAUACAAAUGGCUGCACGGCCUUGUGUGAACUCCAUUUGGGUAAUAACAAAAUAAGUGAGAUCGAUGUAUUGAGUUUGGAAAGCAUGGGGCAUCUGAAAACACUCAUUCUAGGAAACAACAAGAUUGAAAUGAUCCCUGAAGAAAUUGUGCAGCUGUGCAACCUGGAACGACUAGAUUUAUCCAACAACAACAUUGUUAAGGUUACUUGCAGCAUCCCUAGUUGCAUAUGUUUUAUGCCCAAUCUGCAUACUUUGCUGAUUGAUGGAAAUAACAUCCGCAAUAUUAGACGUGACGUGAUUCAAUGCGGAACUUCUAGGCUUUUGCGUUAUCUCAGAGAAAGUAUGAGCGUUCAAGACCUGGGAUCUAAUAUGAUGUAUUUACCUUUUUCCAAAACUCCUGGUCAAUUGCCCGACAAGUAUGCUUUGAAAAAUGGAAAAUACUUAAGUUUGGCCAAUCUAAAUCUAGGUGAGAUACCAGAUUCGAUAGCACAAGAUGCAUUUGAAGCUGAAGUAACGAGCAUUGAUUUAAGUAAAAAUCAGUUCAAAGAAUUCCCACUAAGUUUAUUCAUAGUGACAACUGUUAAGGAACUAAAAGUAGCGUGUAAUCGCCUACAGUGUUUGCCCGACUUGGUUGGAGAUAAGUUCAAGCACUUACAAUUCAUGGAUAUCAGUAAUAAUCAACUUUCUUCACUACCUGACAGUAUCGCUAUGCUAAUUCAUUUGAGAGAAAUCAAUAUAGCCUACAAUAGGUUUGUCGAUAUUCCGGAGUGCAUUUACGAUGUUCCUGGAUUAGAAAUCUUAAUAGCCAACAAUAACAAGAUUGAAAAAAUUGACGUCAUGCAUUUGAGCAAACUCAAAAGGUUGGCGAAUCUCGAUCUUUCCAAUAAUAAUAUCGGAAACGUACCACCAGAACUUGGCAACCUUAAACAGCUAAAAUAUUUGGCAUUAUCUGGAAAUUGCUUCAAGCAACCUCGACAUACAACGCUCUCAAAAAGUACAGAAGAAAUCCUUGCUUACCUUCGAGAUCGAAUUUCUACCUAACGAUAUUAUAAUAUUAUAGUAUUAUAUUCAAUAGUAUUUAUAAUUCACAUAAGACGGUAGUUGUAAUCACGAUCGAGAAGCACUGUUUUUAUAUAAAUUGUGUUGAUCACGGUCAGCUUGCUUGCGUGAGAAUAAGCCAUUGGUGCAGUGCGAAAUAAUGUUAGGUGUAAAUUUGUUU